UGUGGCACAGACCAGCAGAUUAAAAUAUGGGAACUGGAGGUGAAAGGCAGACAGCUGGUGUCUCUCUUUUCCUUGAAUGAGUGUGUUAAGGAUGUAUUGCCAGUCUUACGUAUGUGACUUAGCAACAAGGAACUGUAGUGGUCUUAUUGCUCAGAUACCUGACCAUGAAGAGGAGCAUGUGCUAGAAAUUACCAGUGUGGAUUGUUGUCCAUGGUUGGAGCUGUUUGUCACUGUGGCUAAAGACCACCACCUGAAGCUAUGGGACUAUCAUAACAAGUUGGUGAGGGAGAUUGUGUUUGAUGCCUCCCUGAGAAGUGCCUGCUUUGCCAAUGAAAGGGGAGACCUACUGGUGGGCUAUCAGAACCACAUCAGUUAUAUCCCAGCAGACAAGUACCUGCCUGUGCAGUACCUGGAGAAAUUAGUAGAGCUGGAACUUCAGGAUGAUGUAAUAGAAGAGCCCAUUGCUUUUGAUGCCAGAGUACAGCUGAACUUUGACUUGGAGAAGUUACCAAGUGGAUUGACGCAUUUCACAAGAGACAUUAGUUACAGUCCAGGGAGACAGGUAGACGUAGAGUGGGAUAGCAGCGUGCUCUGGGAGGCCACUCAACUUGCACUGCCAGAGGAAUUAGGGGUAGGUGGCAGCACACCAUUCAAGCUGAGCUCAGCACAUGUACAUGUACCACGAGUGCUGCCCAGACAGUUGUAUGGAUAUGACACAGUGAUAGAUCACUCUGUACCACCACCAUCUACUGAGUGGGGGGAGGAAGCAGCAGACGACACUGACAAGGAGAUGGUGAAAGAAAGCAAAGAUGGAAAAGAAAAGGGAAUGGAAGAUGAAAAGAAAGUGCAGAAGCGAAAAUAUCCCAUAGCACCAGAUGGGUAUAUUCCCAACUCUGUGGUGCGUAGGUUGAUACCAGGGUUUAGGACACAGCCAGAUUUCCUGCAACUGCAGCAAGCAUCUAAAGAGAAGUGGACCCUAGACAAGUUACCUGUCUUCCAACAGAAAAGAUUCAGAAGGUUGUGGGGAACCAGGAAAGAUUCUGAAGAUUUUCUGUCCAGAGAGGAAGAGGAGGACAGUUCAUCAGACAAACCAUUCUUUUGGGAUGAAGAGUCAGAUGAAGAAGUGUCCACAGUUGAUGAAGAGGUUUCAGCUCCUGACAGUGCAGCUUCACAGGAUCAGGAGACAAAAACUGAACCAAGAAAAUUUCUGGACAUUAAGCUGGGCAAAUUUGAAGUAAACAAGGUUGAUUGGAAUUCUUUUAGAAGGAAAAAAGGUGUUUUUGCUGCAAAGGAAAAAUUUAAAAGUUUACCCAAACCAAGUGAUAUCACUGAGGCCAAAGAAGAAGCCAUUGAAACCAAACCGUCCAUACAUGACCAGACAGCUCCUCAAGCUACCAAAGCAACCAAGAAAGAGGUGCCAGAGUUACUGGUCAAGAUAAGCCGUGAGCCCUGGUUUCCAACGGGGUAUUCUCUGACUGUGGUGGAAGUCAUACGCGCGUUUAACACAAUCACAGACAACCUCAGUGACACUCAUCAAAGGGAACUCUCACAGUAUAUUGUAGAGAUUUUUAAGACCCUGGGAAUCCCAUAUGUUUCCUUGGUGGACACUGUAGACAAAUGUCUGGAACAGUUGGAAGGGUCUUCCAGGACUGCUGUAAAGAGAAAUGCUGCUUGGGUGCUGGGAGAGCUUGGAGUGGACCAACAGAAAGUGAUCACUGGACUGGUGAAGAAACUGCUGGAUAGAGAUGCUGGAGUUGUAGAUGAAUGCUUGACUGCCUUGAAGAAGAUUAAAGGCGUGGAGAAUAAAGCCGAUUUGCUCAGUCUAAUCAAUAACAUUGAGACCCUUAAGAAGCUGGACACCAGGCAACUUGAGAAUGAAGCACUUUAUGAGUUGGCAAACAGACUGCAAGUUGGGGGGUCAGAGCUGGAACAGGAGGAGGUGAUGAAGAGAAUUCAGUCUUGGAUACACAAUGCCCAGACUGACCUGACAACAGAUGUCACCACUGACCAAGACAAGACUGAUGGUGCUGAAUAUGAUAAAAAGACAACAGAACAAGAAAGGAAAAGAAAGCAAGCUGUUGCGUCUAUACCAAAAGCUGAAGCUUCCAAAGUUACAUCGAAAUCUGUGCUUCGGCUACCAGGAGUCCGGAACAAAGCUGCUGAGUCUUUAACCAAGAUAGCUGGACCUGGGGAGGUGGCACCUGUCAGGAUAAAAACCAAGCAGUUGCCUGCCAUCAGGUUGGGCACUAAGCCAGAGUCCCCUGACUCCAGACCAGUCAGCCAGGCCAGCUCCGGGUCAACAUCAUCUGGAAGGUCCAAAAAGCCCAGCACUCCUAAAUUUUUACCCAACAGACCUGAGAUGUACAGGUAUUAUGGCAGACAGUCUAGUGUGGGCAGCAACAGGUCCACACCCACAGAGAAAGUGUCUGCUGCCCAAGGCCCAUCUGACCAGGUGGGAAGUGAAGAGGGAGAAACAAGAAAGGGUGUUACCACACCAAAGACUUUAGUCACACAAGAAGAAAAAGACAUCCCUGCACCUUUGGUGACACAACCAGAUGACACCUCAGGUGUGUCCCUGGUGACACCUUGGAAGGACACAGUCCAUGCUCCCUCAGUGGUCCUCCCACCUGUGGUACAGAAGUCAGACAAUGUUGAUAGUAAAGUAUCAGCAGCAACAGAUCAAAGUUACAAAGAAACUGUCAGCACUCUCCCCACCCUGCCGCCCAUCAGUGACAACAAGCUACUACAUCAGCACCUUCAUGACAAGUUCUCAGAUUAUGAUUCAGAUAUCCAUUCUGCAUCAGUAGGUCCUGGGAGUCAGUUCUGGGAGGAUGGGUCACUGCAGAACUUGAAGGCCCGUGACUACAUGAGUGCUGAUGACUCUGGGUUCAGCUGUAUCUCUGAUCAGUCCACUCUGGAGACUAGCAAACAAGAAUUAUCACUGGUCAGCAGGGGAGAGCCUCAACUGUCACCAGUCAAGUCAGUCACCUUACUGACCAAGGAGGGAUCCAAACAUGACAACUGGAGGCAGUUUUUUGAGAGGACGUCGGCCCUGGACAGGAAGAGAAUAGCGGAAGUGAAGGAGGACAUCGCUCACGGCAAGCACAAGCCUCUGCCCCAGACUGAGGUCUCGUACAUCAAGCACAAGAGAGUGCAAUUUGUUCCUGGGGAUGCUGGGGUCCGGCUGCUUCACACUAUUACAAUAUCUGGAGACAAGCUGCAAGAAGCUGAAGACAGCAGACACUUCAUAUCUGCCAUGCCAGGAAGGCUGGGGAUGCACACCACCUCAGAAACAUUUGGACAUAGCAAGUAUGGGAUCCUGAACAUGAAUUGGACAACCAAUGUUCCUGUUCCUCUGUCAAACUUUCGCUACCAGCAGUGGCGUAAACGUCAGCAGCCAAAGAAACACCUGGAAGCAGUCAUACGUGCUCCACCUACCUCCUCUUCUUCUGUGACACGUUUUCCCCAGCUAGUCAAACUGCAUGAGCUGAAGCUGAUGGAGAGUGCCAAGUCUGCAGCAGAACAAGAAAUACCUAAAGUUACCUACAGAUGGGAGUCUCCCCUCCCUCCUCCUCCAGGUAGACGCUCCAGGCUGGGAGAUGCAGACACUGCUAAGCAGCACAACCACUACUGUGAAUAUUAUAAUCUAGCCAAAAAGAAGAUGCACCAUUUUACUUCAAUUACACGUUAUCUACACAAUAAGCAGUUAACUGCUAACACCACACAAUUCCUGCGAGGUGGGUGCAGACAGGAACCUCAGAUGUCACCACCUUACCCAAGCUGGUUCAAAAAGUGCCCAGUGUCCACUCUUACCUGCCACCACAUCCUUCACCUGACCACAACCGGACAGCAGUGGACAGUCUGCCACCAGUCAAUUUAAAAGCAAUGACAGCUCGCUCCUAAAUUAGACCUAGCAUAUUAACCUUUCAAGUGAUACUUCAGUUAGAACAGUUGGAGACUUAAGGUGAUACAUGUAGGAAAAUGUGUCUUCUUGGUGUAACUUGCUAAGAGGGCAUUUGGUUUUUGUAUUUUAUUUGAAUUCCUGGAGUCGUAGCAUGUAUUCUCUAUUGUUUAUGUUUUGAUUUAAAUGUGAUUGAACAUUGAAACACACCUUUUGUAUUAACUAGUGGACCAAUUAAAAUGAAAUUUUGCUCAACUGUUAUUUAUACUAUACAAACAAUUGAUACUUGCUCAAUUUACUUAAUGAUUUCAUAGAAUGAUAUAGAACAGAUGUAGAUGUUAAUGAUGGUAAAGAAACAAACUGUACAACCUCUCUUGCACAGAUAUAGAAUGCAAAGUUUUUCUUUACUGUUUCUGUUCCUGGAUGUUGUAUAGAUGGAUUUAGUUCUAAGACACAGUGCAAUGUUUUAAAAGUAAUUUAGACAUGGUAUUCAUGAAUAAAAAAAGCUUCGUCUUAGUGCAAUUCAGUGUACCUUUAAAGAUUUAAACCAAAGACCUGACAUUUAUUAACUACAAUGAUUUUUAUAUUUCUACCAAAAACUAGGACAGUUUGCCUCACAAAAUUUUGUUUUCCCUUUUAAUAAUAAAAAUAUCAAAUCAAAUAUCUUGUUGCUUUAUGUUUUACAUAACUUCAGCUUGGCUAUCUGCCAUUUCCCAAAUUCUCUCUGCCCUCUCUCUCUCUCUAACUAUUCAUGCUCACAGUGAAGAACAAAAUCAGACAAGACUUGGACUAAGGCUUCGUUCACAUAGAAUGUCUAUUU